AUGGCGGAUGGCGAGGAGCUGCAGACCUUCACCUCCAUCAUGGAUGCGCUCGUCCGGAUCAGUGUGAGUGGCUGGGGGCUGCCUGGGGGAGGAGAGCGCUCAGCGAACCCACGGGGAACUGGGCGAAGCAGCGUCUCUGCUCCGAGGGCCGGGGCCUUGGCCCCUCUCCAGACCAGCAUGAAGAACAUGGAGCGGGAGCUGAUCUGCCCUGUCUGCAAGGAGAUGUACAAGCAGCCGCUGGCCCUGCCCUGCAUGCACAACGUCUGCCACGUCUGUGCCAGUGAGAUCCUCGUGCAGCAUGGCUACAUCUGCUGCGAUCCCAGUUCGGAGCCCACCUCGCCUGCCUCCACGCCGGCCACCCGCAGCCCCCGCAUGGGCCGCAGGGUCAUCCCCAAACCCGACCGCCUGGAUCGGCUCCUCAAGUCAGGGUUUGGCACCUACCCGGGCCGGAAGCGGGGGGCAGUGCACCCCCAGACCGUCAGCUUCCCGUGCCCGGCCUGCCAGCGGGACGUGGACCUGGGUGAGCGGGGCCUGGGCAACCUGUUCCGGAACCUGACGCUGGAGCGGAUCGUGGAGCGGUACCGCCAGACCAUCAACAUCAGCACCGCCAUCAUGUGCCAGUUCUGCAAACCCCCCCAGCUGGAGGCCACCAAGGGCUGCACCGAGUGCAAGUCGAGCUUCUGCAAUGAAUGCUUCAAACUCUACCACCCCUGGGGCACCCAGAAGGCCCAGCACGAGCCCACGCCGCCCACCCUCACCUUCCGGCCCAAGGGUCUGAUGUGUCCGGAGCACAAGGAGGAGGUGACUCACUACUGCAAGACCUGCCAGCGGCUGGUGUGCCAGCUGUGCCGCGUACGCCGCGCUCACGCCAGCCACAAGGUCACGCCUGUGCUCAGCGCCUACCAGGCACUGCGGGAGAAGCUGACGAAGAGCCUCGCCUACAUCCUGAGCAGCCAGGACACGGUGCAGUUGCAGAUCGCGGAGCUGGAGGAGACGGUGAAGCACACCGAGGUGAAUGGGUCCCAGGCCAAGGAGGAGGUUUCCCAGCUGAUACGGGGCCUGUGCACGGUGCUGGAGGAGAAGCAGACGGCCCUGCUGCAGGCCAUCCAGGAGUCCCAGCAGGAGCGGCUGGCCAGCCUGCACCACCAGAUCCAGGAGCACCGGGCCAUGCUGGAGAACUCGGGCAUGGUGGGCUACGCCCAGGAGGUGCUGAAGGAGACUGACCACCCCUGCUUUGUCCAGGCAGCCAAGCAGCUACACAGCAGGAUCGUCAGGGCCACAGACUCGCUGCAGACCUUCCGGCCCGCCACCACUUCGUCCUUCAGCCGCUUCCAGCUGGACCUCAGCAGAGAGAUGAAGCUGCUCACGGACCUGUCCUUUAUCAAAGCCCCCGAGGCGCCGGUGAUCGACACGCAGCGCACCUACGCCUACGACCAGAUCUUCCUGUGCUGGCGCCUGCCCCAGCACUCGCCGCCCGCUUGGCACUUCACCGUGGAGUACCGCAAGAGCGACACCAAGGCCAAGGCGCUCAAGCUGUGGCAGCGGCGCGAGGAGGUGCGGGGCACCAGCGCCCUGGUGGAGUACCUGGACACGGACAGCGUCUACGUGCUGAGAGUCAAGGGCUGCAACAAGGCCGGCUUCGGGGAGUACAGCGAAGAUAUCUACCUGCACACGCCGCCCGCACCAGUCCUGAACUUCUUCCUCGACAACCGCUGGGGCUUCAACCGGGAGCGCCUGGCCAUCAGCAAGGACCAGCGGGCCGUGCGCAGUGUGCCCGGCCUGCCCAUGCUUUUCGCUGCCGAGCGCCUCAUGACCAGCUGCCACCUCUCCAUCGACCUGCUCAUCGGCGACGUGGCCGUCACACAGGGCCGGAGUUACUGGGCCUGCUGCGUGGACCCCAGCUCCUACCUGGUCAAGGUGGGCGUGGGGCUGGAGAGCAAGCUGCAGGAGUGGUUCCAGGUGCCACAGGACGUGGUGAGCCCCAGGUACGACCCAGACAGCGGGCACGACAGUGGGGCGGAGGACGCCACCGUGGACGUGCCCCCCCCAUACGCCUUCCUGACCAUCGGCAUGGGCAAGAUCCUGUUGUCCCACGGCUCGGCCCUCACCUCCCGUGACCCCAGUGGCUGCACCAUCCCCCUGCCCCCCCGCAUCGGCAUCUGCCUGGACUAUGAGCGGGGCAAGGUGAGCUUCUACGACGCCGUCUCCUUCCGCGGCCUGUGGGAGUGCGGCGUGGACUGCUCGGGCCCCGUCUGCCCGGCCUUCUGCUUCAUCGGGGGCGGGGCCCUGCAGCUGCAGGAGCUGGUGGCCAGCAAGCAGGAGCGCAAAGUGACCAUCGGGGGCCUCUCCAAGCUGGACUGA